GAGACUGAAAAAGCUUUUGCUGUUAUGCUCAGGGUAGUCAUAUGUGUAUGCAAUUAGUAUCAUUGACGUCAUCGGUCAUUCUGAUGUCAUUUGUGGCCAAAUUGCCAUAGCCCCUGAAAAAAAAAAUUGGUCACAAUGUGUAAAAUAGAUGCCUGGAGGGGUCCUGAAUGUUUGCUGGUGAUAUCUCCAGCUGUUAAGGAGAUAUCUAUGGAAAAGUACAUGGGCCCGUUCCCAUUUCCCCUCCUCUAUGGGGCGUAGGCUAAGGAUCACAAUCAUAUCAAAUUGGAUUCAAUUGCAGGCUGCAGCCCCAUGGCCUCAACGGGCUCAACUUAGUCAAAAUCAUUGAGAGGAAUCAGUAAAGGGUAUCCGCAAUGAUGCGCCAGUGCCAGACCAUGAGAUAGAAAGUGAGCCAAAAGACCACACCAUUCCAUGCAUUCCAGUUCAAGAAAGUUUGCCACCAUCCUUACGAGAAAUAAAUGUAUAAUAAUAGCAUCAUGGGCUUCGGAAAUCCACACUGGUGAGACCUGGCCAGCAUCAAUUAAAAUGGACAUCACUACAGAUGAGGCAAUGCCAGAGCAGGGUUUGGUGAAUUCAGGAUGGAGCACCUUACCCCAUGAAGUGUUGGCACAGAUAUUCAGUUACCUGGAUGUGAGCUCGAUCGGCCGCUGCGGCCGCGUCUGCCGCGGCUGGACCGAGGCCGUUCACGACAUCCUCCUCUGGAAACACAAGUUCGCAGAGGACUUUGGCCUCGAUGUCACUGCCUGCAAGCUGCCUAAGCCAACCAAAACUGGUGGCAGUGUGACGUGGCGCAGCGAGUACCGUCGCGUUGUGGAGACGACGCCGUGCUUUCUGACGGACGAGCUGCACGACCACGACCAUCAGGUGCUGCACGUGUCCUUCUCGCACGACGGACGUCACUUCGCCACCUGCUCCAAGGAUGGCCAUGUCUUGCUCUGGGACGCAGCGCACCCGGUACGGAUCCGACAGUACCGUGACAUGCGUAUAUUCGGCUGGAAGUACACUCAGUUCUCCGAGUUUAACGCCGAUGACUCGCUUCUGCUCGUGUCCGGAGUGCAUCUGGGAGACCACAGCAUCACUGGAGAGAUUGCCGUCUUCACUGUGGACGAUGAGUUUGAGCUGCAGUGUCGGAUUGAGAACAAGCCCUACGACAUUUUCGGCACCUGGUUCAACAGCGAGUAUGUUGUGUCGGGUCAGCUGCGGUGGCUCAGCCACGACACGGUCUCAGAGUCCAAACUGUGGCUCAACAAGGCGAAUCAGGAGAUCACCUCAGAGCACAUCUCAAUCGUGCAGCCCAUGUUCCGCUUCUUCAACGGCAACGUGUGCUUCUGCCGGAUGCUACGGAUCGCCGAGUUCUCCGUGCAGCCGUCGGUGAUCUGGGACGGGGAGAUUGCUGAGCGCGCACAGACCGGUAACCCGAUGUCGCGCGCCGCCGCGCCGCCCGGCCAGCGCUGGGUGGGCCUGGGAUGGCGCGAGGUGGAGCCGGAUGGGGAGGCCGGCCAACAGCUGAUGGAUACCGGAGAGCCCCCGCCGCCACCGCGGCCGCCGGUCGGCGCGGCAGCGGGUGAUGAGACGAGGAUGCCAGGGAAGGAGGAGAAGCGACGAGUGAAAUAUUUGAUCUUCACAACUGGAUCAAAAACUUACACACCGCAUCAAAUUGGCUUCAAGCGUCUGGAUGGUUUUCGGAUCCAGACUCGAAUCGCUCCUGGUCCGUCACUGCGUGAGCGUGUCGAGUUCCGUCGCCGAGCCGAGCAGCUACACGAGGAGCUGCGUGCUGCCGGCGUGCCGCCGCCAGAGCCCGACUAUAACGACUGGGAGUCGGUGUGUGACCAGUUUGACAGUGUGGAUCACGUGAUCGACCUGCACGGACACAUCAUCGGCAUGUGUCUCAGUCCAAACCAGAGGUACCUGUUUGUCAACACGCGACCGUGGCCUGAGAAUUACGUCAUCCGCAACCCGCGCGAUCCGCCGCCAAUUGCUCGGGAGAUCGACAUUCACGUCAUCGAUGUGGCGACCAAGAAGCAGAUUGGCAAGUCUUACCGUGCUCACCGUGCCUAUACCUGCAACGAAGGCUGCUUCUUUCUGUUCGUGGACGUCACCAAACAUUUCGUGGCGAGCGGCGCCGAGGACAAGCACGCCUACCUGUGGGACCGUCACCACGCCGUUUGUCUGAGCCGCUACCCCCACGCGGACGUGGUGAACGCGGUGGCCUUCAACCCGGCUGACCCGGGAAUGAUGGUCACCGUCUCGGACGACCGGACUGUGAAGGUCUGGCGUUCUCGGCUCAACUGUGAGCAGAACGGCAUAGACACUGCAGACCUACCUCACUGUAUCAAACACCGCACCAGACGGCCGCGGCCGCGGCGGCGAGCCCACACUACUGCCACCUAGCGGUGAGGUUUUGCACUGCAGCCUACUACCGCCGCCGCCGCGGAGGGCAGGCGCGGUAGUCAGUGCCAGGGCACUAAAGAGUCGUCAGUGCCUUGCCGAGUGUUCAUCGCAUUGGUGGUGCUUCGGAGUGUGCUACUGACUAACUGUUUUCUGUGAUAUCGUAUGGUGGGCCGGGUCGGCCCGCGUGGUAUGCCGCUACCGGAGAGUAAGUUAGUUCUGGUGGGCGGUCCACAUCAGUAGGGGGAUGGUCUCGAAAGUCAUCUCCCACUUCCCAGAGUAGCGCGGAGACGCAGUUCGGGAGGUGCUAUUUGUGAAGUCCUGUAGGUCUCCGGGAGGAGAGGGUCCGUCAACUCCACCCGUCAGAAGCGACGAUUGCCGAGAGCUUAUGAGGACGAGGCCGGAACUUUGAGCCUGGGUAGGUACUGAUGCUGAUCAUGGGAUUGACACUGGGUUAAUUCAGCGGCGAUUUGGAGCUUAAUUCGAGACUGAUGUGUCUCGGGAGUCUUGCCCUCCUUAGUCGAGACUUGAGACAAUAGUAACCGAGUCGGAACCUCAAAACGAGCCAAUAUUUGUGGUUCGUCAUCGAAGGAAUGGUUGUGUAACUUGUUUUGCUUUUACAAGGGUUUUUUAAAGUGUGUUAAGUAGCGAGCUUGUCACUAUUCGUAGAUUGAUGACUGUAGCUUCGUAUAAUCGAUUGUGUUGUUGCUAGAUUGUCAUUUAGGGGGUAUGAGUUGUGAUUGAAAACCAAAUGAGAGGCAUCUGGCUGACAAAUGAAUCAGUCUGGCCACACUGGUCGAAUUGGACUAUAAAGGGUUCUGUCGUCUCCCGUCCACAAUUUUUCCGAGUUCACGUAAUGAGCGACCUAUCAGCCGAAGUUCUACGGAGAGCGAGUGCCUUCGGACGGCUUGGCUCGUCUCGACGGUAUAUUUGGAGCCCAGUGUUCAGGCCACAUAGUGGUAUAUCCCACUUCAUUCAACUAUUAGCUUUAUUCAAACGUCCGCUGUAGCUAUGAUUGUCACUGAAAAAAGACAUUUUAUUAAUUUGUUCGAGCUACAGUCACUCUGUGAUUCGUAGUCAUGUUAUUACAGCCACAGUAUAAAACUCUUGCACUACAUAUUGUGGCUUAUGAUCAUACAGCACCGUCUUCGCACGUCUCUUGACGUCUUUACGGUCGGUCUGUAGUCCAGAGUCACACCACAAUUACUUGUGAAGCCACCAAAAAGCUGUGAACUGAGACGGAUCACAGCACAUUGCGGUUACAUUGUACACAAUCGAGUUGCAAGAUAUGCACCACGCUUAGUCAGCUGUUGACACCAGUCAAAGCCGCUUUUGUCUGUCCGCUCCCUUUCGUACGUGGUGUUCGCAGCAGAAAACAUGUCGCCCCCACCGCCUGUCGCUACCGUGGUCCCAGCGACAACAAAGCCUACCCUGGUAACAAAACCAGCUCCCAGCUACAACAAAGCCUACCCUGGUAACAAAACCAGCGUAUUUCUGAUCAAAUCUUGUGAUAUGUCAGUGGGAUAUACCAUUGGCAGAAAUUGAUCCGAAGGAUAUCAAUUGAUCGUAGAAUUAGCUGUUUUGCCGGCAUAUUCGGCCAAUAGUCUGUACGAUUUUCAGCAGAUUUCACAAGGUGGGUGACUGAUUUCUACAUUAGUCAUCCACAUAAUAUCUGUGUCUUCAAUCUGUGUGUGUUGUUUUGUUCGUUAUCUGUGUGUACUCGCUGGAGCCCGUUUGCCCGGCACUAGCUGUGCAAUGGAGGGUGUUAAGACGUGCUGCUUUAUUUACAAAUGAUUCACAUAUGCCACUGUCGGAGCGCACUCAUCGAUAUAUGUACUCGUUGGUAGACGCCUUAUGCCGGAUUGUUUAGCCGCGUGCUGGGUGGUGCUGUGUAAUACAGUCUAUUUUAUAUUUAA